UAUUAUCUGGUUGGGGACAGUCUUGUUACUGCUGGUUUGAUGACAGAUCAGAGGUCUGGGGAGAGAAAUUGAUUGGUUGUAACACUCACCUGUUGUUGUUAUGGCCUCCAGUCCAAGGACAUUAGCCCUCCCUCUACAAGUCCACAACCUCCCUGUGUGUCUCUCUCUCUCUUUAUCUCUUUCUGUGUGUGUGUGUGUGUGUGUGUGUGUGUGUGUGUGUGUGUGUGUGUGUGUGUGUGUGUGUGUGUGUGUGUGUGUGUGUGUGUGUGUGUGUGUGUGUGUGUGUGUGUGUGUGUGUGUGUGUGUGUGUGUGUGUGUGUGAGAGAGACAGCAAGUGUAGUCACACACUCCAUCGUGUUGGCGGGGAGGAGAGAACUGCUUACCUCAAUUCCAGAAUAAUUAUGGAGUGGAAAGAAAGAACAAUUAGCCAGCUGGGUAUUAUAAAACAAAGCAAUUAAUGUUAUGCUAAUAAGUCGAAUUUCCAGCAAUUGUCGAUCAUUUGCUAAUUAUUUGUUAAUUAGUCUGACUUUUUAGUGCAUCAAUUUAUGAGAGAUUAAUGAACAGACAGAUUCUGGUAUUUAACAAACUCUCUCGGCAGCAGUUGAGAGUUCUGUUCCUUCCUGCUGUGAUCGUAAUUGCUGUUAUGAAAAGUCAAACUCCAUUGAGACACUUUUACAACCAUGUCCUCUAGGGUAUCAUAUUCCUGGGACAACACACGAGGUCUCUGGGACAACACACGAGGUCUCUGGGACAACACACAAGGUCUCUGGGACAACACACGAGGUCUCUGGGACAACACACGAGGUCUCUGGGACAACAUGAGGUCUCUGGGACAACACAUGAGGUCUCUGGGACAACACACGAGGUCUCUGGGACAACACAUGAGGUCUCUGGAACACAUGAGGUCUCUGGGACAACACACGAGGUCUCUGGGACAACACAUGAGGUCUCUGGGACAACACAUGAGGUCUCUGGGACAACACAUGAGGUCUCUGGGACAACACAUGAGGUCUCUGGGACAACACAUGAGGUCUCUGGGACAACACAUGAGGUCUCUGGGACAACACAUGGGGUCUCUGGGACAACACACGAGGUCUCUGGGACAACACAUGAGGUCUCUGGAACACAUGAGGUCUCUGGGACAACACACAAGGUCUCUGGGACAACACAUGAGGUCUCUGGGACAACACAUGAGGUCUCUGGGACAACACAUGAGGUCUCUGGGACAACACAUGAGGUCUCUGGGACAACAUGAGGUCUCUGGGACAACACAUGAGGUCUCUGGGACAACACAUGAGGUCUCUGGAACACAUGAGGUCUCUGGGACAACACAUGAGGUCUCUGGGACAACACAUGAGGUCUCUGGGACAACACAUGAGGUCUCUGGGACAACACAUGAGGUCUCUGGAACACAUGAGGUCUCUGGGACAACACACAAGGUCUCUGGGACAACACAUGAGGUCUCUGGGACAACACAUGAGGUCUCUGGGACAACACAUGAGGUCUCUGGGACAACACAUGAGGUCUCUGGGACAACACAUGAGGUCUCUGGGACAACACAUGAGGUCUCUGGAACAACACAUGAGGUCUCUGGAACACAUGAGGUCUCUGGAACACAUGAGGUCUCUGGGACAACACAUGAGGUCUCUGGGACAACACAUGAGGUCUCUGGGACAACACAUGAGGUCUCUGGGACAACACAUGAGGUCUCUGGGACAACACAUGAGGUCUCUGGGACAACACAUGAGGUCUCUGGGACAACGUAAACCUUCCGCAACAGCAGCGUAAUACUCACUAUCUAGCCUACGUUUCAUUACUGUGGGAUCCUCUAACUCUAAGAUGCUGUAUGUCCUUUUUUCCUUGAUUCAACUAGGUUGUUUGUCACAUUAAAUGUGUUAAUGAGGAUGA